AUGAGUCGUCCUCUCCUCGUUCAGACCAGCAAAGAGGCCUCUGAAUUUGGUCUGCCUUUACCAAGCCCUCGUCCCCAGAGGAGCGUCAGUACUUGGCUGAAGGGAUUCCUUCUUCUUCUUUGUACAGUUCUCUUCUUCACCCACCUACCUGGAUACCUUCCCCUACAAUCGUCCGGCAAAGUCGCACAUUUGUCGAAUUUUGAUCUACAUCAAGCACUCCAGUCCGUUCCAUCGCCCGAGCGAAUCCGCGAAUGGAGCGCUUACUACACAAACACUAGCCAUCUCGCGGGAGAGGGUUGGGGGCAGGCCAAGUGGACAGAGUCAAAGUGGAAAGAGUUCGGGAUCCCCGAUGUUACAAUUGCGUCGUAUGACGCUGAUCUACCCGCUCCGCGAGCCGAAAAGCAGCGCGUAGCUCUUCUGCAGGGCGGCAAGGUGCUCUACGAGGCGCCGCUGAUGGACAAUACCAACGCCACCUUUGCGCCUGCGUACUUUGGCUUCUCUCCCAACGCAAAUAUUACUGCUGGCUUUGUCUACUGUAAUUUUGGCAGCCAGGAAGACUUCGACGAGAUCGCGCGCGCUAAUAUCAGUGUCGCGGGCAAAAUUGGCAUCCUGAAGCUCGGCAACGCGUCGCCAACGCUCCGCGCCAAUGGACUGGAGAUCUUCCGCGGCAUUCAAAUCAGCAAUGCAGAGAAAGCAGGCCUAAUCGGCGUUAUUCUGUAUACUGAUCCGCAGAAUGAUGGCACGAUCACCGAGGCGAACGGCUACCGGCCCUUUCCCGGCGGUAUCGGCCGUCCGCUAACUGCAAUUGAGCGAGGCGGUUUUGGUAACUCAGAGGACUAUCACGAGGGUUUGCUUCCCAAGAUUCCCUGCAUUCCCGUGUCCGCCAUCGAUGCUGUUGAACUUAUCAAGGUGCUGAACGGCAUUGGUCCUUCAGCCAGGAAGAUUGGCGGACGCUGGCUCGGUGGUGCACUCUACGUCCGCGGUGUUGGCUACCACAUUGGUCCUUCCCCUGAGGAAAUCACCAUAAACCUGUUGAACAACGCUCCCAUCGUACCCUCGAAAAGCCACAGUGUCAUUGGCACAAUUCCUGGUCAGAUUACAGACGAAGUCGUCCUCAUUGGCACCCACCGAGACGCGUGGGGUCCUGGAGCUGGCGACCCUGUCAGCGGCUGCGCCGCCCUCAACGAGGUCGUUCGCAGCUACGGAAAGGCAUAUCAACAAGGAUGGCGUCCUUUGAGGACGAUUGUUUUUGCCAGUUUUGAAGGCGAAGAGUAUGCUCAGAUUGGCUCGCUGCUAUGGAUCGAGGAUCAUCUCGAAUGGCUCAAAACUACCGCCGUUGCGUAUCUGAACUUCGUCGUCACCGGAUCCGGUCCGAAGUUCCACGCCAAGGCGAGCCCUCUCCUGCACAGGGCUGUAUUGAACGCAACCGCCCAUAUAGAAUCUCCAACAGUGCCGAACAAGUCCAUCCUGGACGUCUGGGGUGGCUCCAUCGACCCAGCUGGUGGUGGCGAUGCUGUUCGCUUCCAGGGCCUUCCCUGCGUUGCGACGGUAGACUUCGGCUUUUCCCCGGGCGUGGGCGAUCCCGUGUUUCCGUAUCAUACUGGCUUCGACAGCUAUGAGUGGAUGGAAAGGUUUGGUGACCCUGGUUGGAAGCAUCACGUCGCCAGCGCCAAGCUGAUGAACCUCAUUGCCGCGUCAAUGAUUGAAUCCCCCGUCAUCAACAUGAGCGCCCAGGAUUACGCCAAGGCCAUGCGGAUGUGGUUGGAUCUGAUGUGCAGACUUGAGAAGUGUUCUCCCAUGGUUGACCUUUCCGAGCUAGAUGCGGUGGUGUCAAGAUUUGCGCGAGCUACUGAACUCUUUGACAGCCACGCCGAGACUCUAAGAUCAGACUCUGCACAGUGCUCGACGAGCUGCAUCGCCAAACGCACAGAGGCUGUACGGGAAGUCAACAAGGGUUACAUUGCCUUGGAGCGUGAGUUCUACUAUGAAGGCGGCAUGGAUGGGUACAACAGCCUUCACCACGUCCUCUUCGCGCCGGCGGCCUGGCACAAUGUCGCGUUCCCGAUGCCUGGUCUUGACAAGUCUCUAAGAACAGGGGAUUGGGAGAAUGCCAAGAAAUGGGCGGGUGUGUUGACUGAGAAAAUCGGCAAUGCUGCGGCACUACUCGAGGACCAUCUCGUAGCGGUCAGAUCUAACUAA